CCUUCAAGUGCUCAGCGACCUCCAACGAUGGGCGUUGCCACUGCGGGGUGGUUGCCGAUGUGUGGUUAGUGGUUUUCGUGUUAGCGCUUUAGGAAAUAAUAACACGUUUCCCGAAUAUAAAACAAGUGGUUCGUCGCAUAUAAAUUUGUCAUGUCUCCCGAUGCAUUUCAAAAAGAUGUAGCGCAGUAUGGAGAUUGUGUUAUAAUCGAUUUGGGGAGUUUCAAGAAUCUAACUACAGUGCUUAAGAAGGGCGAUGUGUUACAGACACGUUUUGGAGCAUUGAGACAUGAUGAUUGUGUAGGAAAAAAGUAUGGAUCGAAGAUCCAAACAUCGCGUGGAUAUGUGUAUAUAUUAGCGUUAAGUCCAGCUCUAUGGUCAGAAACACUACCUCAUCGGACUCAAAUAAUUUAUCCAUGUGAUGCAAGUUUAAUUGUUGGGGGCUUAGAUUUGGCUCCUGGGAAAUGGGUGUUCGAAGCGGGGACAGGCAGCGGAUCAUUGACGCAUUUCUUAGCUCAAGCUGUAUUACCCCAUGGUCAUGUUCAUACGUUUGAUUUUCAUAGUGAACGUGUUAAGUUGGCAUCUGAAGAGUUCAAUUCACAUUCACUUGGGGAUGUUGUGAAGGUUGAUAUCCGUGAUGUUUGUAAUGAUUAUUUUCCACCAAUCGGGAGUGAAUUAAAUCCUAAUGGUGUAGAUGCUGUUGUCUUGGAUCUGCCUAGGCCAUGGGUAGUUAUUCCUCAUCUUGGACGUACUCUCCGUCCUGAUUCAAUUGGUCGUGUAUGUUUAUUCUCACCUUGUAUCGAACAAGUUCAGAGAUCCUGUACAGCUUUACUAGAAUCAGGUUUUCAACAUAUAAGCACAGUUGAAUGUCUGGAGAGGGAGUAUGACGUGUCACGAACAACGUUGAACAUUCCAAACAUGGGGCAGCAAACUGCUUCCAUUUGGCUUCAAAGUGGUUUCAGUGAAUAUAUGAGUUCUGUUUCGCAAUUCAACAAACAUCUGCUUCCUCCUCCUAAAACAUCCGAGAUAGAGAAUAUUCAUUGUAAACGCAGUCAUCCAAAUCCAGAGCUAGGUAAAUCGAUCAAUCCUAAACAACUUAAAGGUAUCGAGAGUUCUACAAAAGUUGAAAAUAGCUUUACUUGGGAACCGAUUCUACAACCUAAAAUGCGGGGUCAUACGGGUUACAUAACUUUUGCCACAUGGAUACCGAGCACACAGCCAAAUGUUUCAAGCACAGAGUGUACAGAAUUCAUGCCGUCUAUGGAUGAAUAAGAUUUCUUAAUAUUAGAUUAUGUAAAAAUAAAUAUGUAAUGCUAA